AUGGAAGUAGUAGAAAGACAAAAUGGUGGAGUGUUUUUUUUAUAUGGCUAUGGUGGAACAUGUAAAACAUUUAUGUGGAACACUUUGGAUGCGGAACUUCGUUCUAAAAGGAAAAUUGUCUUGCUUGUUGCCUCAACUGAGAUUGCAAAAUCUUCAAUUUGCAACAUUGACAAAAAAGAUGAACUUGUUGAGCUUUUAAAGUUGACAUAUCUUAUUAUAUGGGAUGAGGCUCCAAUGGCUAACAAGUUUUUCUUUGAGGUUCUUGGUAAAUCUUUGAAAGACAUUAUGUGUGAAAUUCCUCAAGCUUCUAAGAACCUGUUUGGAGGCAAAGUAGUAGUUUUUAAUGGUGAUUUUAGACAAAUUCUUCCCAUUGUCCCAAGAGGUUGUAGAUUUGAUAUUGUUCAUGCAACAAUCAAUGCUUAUCAUAUUUGGGAUCAGUGCAAAGUCCUCAGGAUUACAAAAAAUAUGUGCCUUCAAAGUGGUGUAAGUACUUAUAACAAAGAUGAAGUCUGCAUAUUUUCAGAGUGA